AUGGAUGUCAAAGAUAAAACAUACUCAGCAUUGAUUUUAAUUCUUAUAUGUAUCUGAUCAGUUGUGCUUAUAUUUUCUAUUCCCAAACCUCAAAGUGACAUUCAGGCACCUUUAUUAAUAAAAACUAAUGCGAAAAUUGGAGAGAACUCCCUCACUUUUCCUCAUUCAGAGCCAGGGUCAUAUUGUGAUAGCUGGAAAAACACAAAAACAAAAACUGUCUGAACAGAUCGACCUUCCGCAUAUUCAUCGCUAAAGCUGAUAGACUUUGGCUGAAAUAUGCUAAAAUCAAAUAAAAAUGGCAAAGCAUUACAAUUUAUAAAUCCAAAUAAUCUCAACUAUGAUGAAACUGAAUGAAAAACAGUAAGCAAAGCUCAAUUCCAAGAAACUAACGAAGCGUUAUUUUUGAUUCCAAAAGAAGCAAAUGUUAUAUUCACAAGAAUGUAUUGAUAUGGCGAUUCUGAUAACAAUAACAUCCAAACUGCACGCUUAGGAAUAGAUUACGCUUGUCCAGGCCAAAUUUUUAAUCACAUUCCUGGAGCAAGUGCAUUCUGCAGAAAAGAUUAUUUACAGGAAUAUAUUCUUGAUUAUCAAAGAAGAUAUGCAAGUCUUGGGCUCUUUCAUUGUUUCACUGGGUCUUUAACCCCAAAAUCAUAUAUAAUGAAUGAACCAGAACACUGCAAAGCGUUUAUUGAUGAGCUUGAGAGGCAAACAGAUAAAUUCAACUCGAAAAAUAUGCCAAUAGAGUGAAUAUUGAAAAGCCCUUUACAGCACAAAGGAUAUGGAAUUCAAUUGAUUGACUUUGAAAAAGCUAAUUAUUAUAUAAACCUAUAUAGAGGAAAUUUAAGGAAAGAAAUCAACUGUUAUAAUGUUGCAGAAGAAGAUAAGCAUUUAAUUGCGCAAAAGUACAUAUCAAAUCCAGCACUUGUAAGGGUUAUUUAGAUUCAAGGAAGAAAAUUUGAUUUCCGAGUCUUUGCAAUCAUAAUUAAUUCUGACCCUCUAGUGGCUCUUUGGGCUCCUGAAAAUGGGCAUACUCGACUAUCAGAUCAAGAAUUCGACAAAUUGUCAUCUGAUUUUACAACACAUAUAACCGCCAAUGUAGCAGGAGCUAACCCAGACUCUCUUGAAUUCUUAAAAAGUUACAGAUUCAAUCUUCGUGAAAUCGCUUAUUAUUUUCGAGAUAUAUUAGGAGACCAUGAAGCUUGGCUUGAACGAGUUGCCUUCCCACAAAUUAAAAAAAAUCUAAUUCAUAUGUUUAGAUCGACCCAGCAAAACUUUUUGAUAAAAAGGAUUGGCCUGAUGGAAUUCUAUGGGGUUGAUUUCAUUAUGAAUGAUACUUUGGAAAAUAUCUAUUUAUUGGAAUCAAAUCGAAGACCCGAUGUGCAAGAAAAAAAUCCAAAUUUGCAGUAUAGAGAAGAUAUGCUUUUAGAAGAUUUUUCAACUGUCGCUGAAUAUUUUUUGAAAACUGGAGCAAACUCAAUCAAUACCAAUGAAAUAUUCAGAUCUCUAAAAGCUUUUAAGCCUUUAAUAGACGAAACCAAAAACGACCCAUAUUUCGGGGUGUUACCAAUUGAGUGUCGAAUUCCAUUCAAAGAUCUAAACACAAAUUUGCCAACUGACCCAAUGAUUGCACCUCUUAAGCAUUACGUAAACUCAAAAGAAUAA